AUGGAGGGACUUGCUCGCACCAUCAAACACUCAGCUAUGCAAGGCAUUUCUAUUUCUCGGCGGACAGGACCAUCAAUAUCCGAUCUCAUGUUUGUAGAUAAUGUAAUUCUCUUCUCACGGGCUUCUAUUGAAGAUGCUCAGAUUAUCAAACACCUCCUGCAUGUUUUUCCAGCUACUAGUGGUUUAUCAAUCAACCUCUCCAAAUCCUCAAUUUUCUUACGCUCAAAUACUCAAAUAGACAUUAAGAAUACAAUUGCAACCCAUCUUCAAAUCCAGAAAGUGGACAUUAGAGACAAAUUAUUGGGGCUACCAGCUGAUAUACAAAGAUCGAAAAAUCAAGCUUUUGUAAAUAUUAAGGAGCGUCUAAGCAACAAAACGGCAAGCUGGAAAGAGAAUUUAUUAUCUAAAGAUGGGCGUGAGGUGUUGAUCAAAUCCGUAGCUACUGCAUUAACAGUAUAUGCAAUGUCCUGUUUCAAAUUCUCAUCCAGCUUUUGUCAAUAA